AUGAGCACCAUAAAGCUGACACCGAAACCGCUUCGAGCUGUCUCACGGGCGCUAGCCACCCGCGUCGACAACCGCACCAAGAUGCAGUCGUCGACGCUGUCGCUGGUCGGCAACACGCCGCUCCUCAAGUUGAACAAGAUCACGAAGGGACUGUCGGCCACCAUCGCCGCCAAGAUCGAAUAUUUCAACCCGGCCUGCUCGGUGAAGGACCGCAUCGCGUUGGCGAUGAUUGAGGACGCCGAAAAGAAGGGAAUCAUCCAGCCCGGAAAAACUGUACUCGUCGAGCCCACUUCCGGCAAUAUGGGCAUUGCGCUGUCGAUGCUGUGCGCCGCUCGGGGCUACAAACUGAUCCUGACGAUGCCGUCUUCAAUGUCGCACGAGAGGCGAGCCCUGAUGAAGGCGUACGGCUCGCUGGUGGUGCUCACCAACCCGGCGACGGCCAUCAAAGCAGCCGUUGAACGGGCUGCAGAGCUGGUUGACCGAAUCCCGAAUGCACACAUGCUCAAUCAGUAUUCGAAUCCCUCGAACCCCGAAGCCCACUACCACAGCACCGGACCCGAAAUCUGGGAGCAGACCGAGGGGAAGGUAGACAUUGGCGUUUUCGGCGUCGGAUCUGCUGGUACAUUCACUGGAGUCGGACGUUAUCUGAAGGAGAAGAACCCAAACAUACAGAUGUACCCGGUUGAGCCUCACGAGUCGUCGGUGAUCAACGGCCUCCCACACACCCCCCACAAGAUCCAGGGAAUCGGUGUCGCUUUCAUCCCCGACAACCUCGACCAGUCCCUCUUCAGUGAAGCACUCAGAGUGCAUUCCGAUGACGCCAUCGCAAUGGCGAAGCGUCUGGCCAAGGAGGAAGGAAUCCUUGGAGGUAUUUCGUCCGGCGCCAACCUCGUCGCAGCCAUGCGGCUAGCCGAACGCCCCGAAAACAAGGGCAAAUUCAUCGUGACCGCCGUCAACAGUUUCGGCGAGCGAUAUUUGUCUACCGCCCUCUACCAAGAUAUCCAAGCCGAAGCUCAAAGCAUGGGCGAGACCACAAUUGAUCAAGACCUUGAAAACGUGCACAAGUGGUUGAAAGUC